AUAGAGAGCUUAUCAUCGUCUGCGAAAUUCCUGGUUUCUCUUUCUCAUCGUUUGACACCGACCUAAAAAAGAAUACGAAUAAUCUCCGGUUAUCGCAAUCAACACGAGUCCAAAGUACAUUUGCACAGAAGGACAACGAAAAAGAAACCAUGGGAUCUGAACAGAAUGAAGGAACCAGCUUUUCUCCGUCCGAGCCAAAGCUUUGUGUCAACGGCUGUGGGUUUUUUGGCACAGCGUCAAAUAUGAACCUCUGCUCCAAGUGUUAUUGUAACCUCCGGGCUGGGGAGGAGCAAGCUGCCAAGGCGAAAGCUGUCAUGGAGAAAUCUCUUGGUGUCGAAAUGAAGCUGGAAGAAGUGGUUGCGGAGGCAUUUAAGCAUGUCGAGGAGCCAUCUCAUGUGUCCUCAUCUACAGCCGUUGAGCAACAAGCGGCUGUUGCUAUCGCUGCUGAUGAACCUGCUGAGCUGAAGCUGGCAAACAGGUGCUUUAUCUGCAGAAAGAAGGUUGGAUUGACUGGAUUCAAGUGCAGGUGCGAGAGUACCUUCUGUGGUGAGCACCGUUACCCGGAAAAACAUGAGUGCUCCUUUGAUUUUAAGGGUGCUGGACGUGAUGCCAUUGCCAAAGCAAAUCCAGUUGUUAAAGCCGAUAAGGUGAACCGGAUCUGAAAGGUACAAAUGCAGGUGUGCUCGAGCUGUUGUUCUUGAAUGAAUUUACCUUUUCUGUUUUGUGUGCUGGCUUUAGAGGUCAGUGGAAAAUCAUGGGCAGUUUUAAUGAUCUUAUAUCGGGGUCGGGGUUGAUUGGGACGGCAUUUGUCCUCUGCUUAAGUAGAUUCCAUAAUCAACGAAUUAUUAAUGUUUACGGUUCAAUUGGCUUCGAACA